AAACCCAUAAAUCGAAUAUCUUGAGCUUACUUUUUUUGGAUUUUAAAGGAUUUCGCCUUCUGUGCAUGGCAGAUCAUGCCAACCACAAAAGAAGGAGUAAUGCUGUUCCCGUUUUGCCUCCUCUAGUUCACCGGUUCAUCGAUUCUCCAGUCGUGAACCGUGGAGUCUUUGCCCCUCAAUAGCUCGCUCUAUUACGAUCAGGUUCUUGUCCUGUACAAUCAUCCGGCCGUACAUUCUUCCCCGGUUGGCUUUUCUUUGCACCCCUCGUUUUUUAUUCAAAUGGAGGAAGAAAGGUCCAUUGCGCUUCAUCAGCUUAUGGUUAACGAAGGGCUCAUCCCGUCUUCGGAGGAGGAAGAGAGGAGGCAAAGCGUAGUUUACGAGCUCAGGAAGAUAGUGUUGGCAUGGAUUAAGAGGGUUGCUUGGCAACGUAGACUUACAAAACAACAAAUUGCAGCAACGAGCGCCACUGUUUUGACCAAUGGAUCUUAUGGUCUUGGUGUUCAUGGUCCAGGGUCAGAUAUUGAUGCUUUAUGUGUCUGUCCAUUCUUUGCUACAAUUGGUGAGGAUUUUUUUAUCGUGUUAUGCAACAUGCUCAAAGAUAGCCCAGAAGUGUCAGAGAUCCACUGUGUGAGGGAUGCAAAAGCUCCACUGAUGCGGUUUAAAUUUGAUGGGAUUCCAGUUGAUCUUCCUUAUGCACAACUUAAAGUGUUAUCUGUGCCUGAGGAUGUGGAUGUACUUAAUCCAUUCUUUUUGAGGGAUAUGGAUGAAGCCAGUUGGAAAAGCUUGUCAGGAGUAUGCGCAAACAAAUGCAUCCUUCAGCUUCUCCCAGAUGUGGAGAGUUUCCAAUCACUGCUGCGAUGUGUUAAAUUAUGGGCCAAAAGGCGAGGAGUGUAUGGCAAUUUGCAUGGUUUUUUGGGAGCAGUGCAUUUGGCAAUUCUAGCAGCUUUUGUUUGUCAAAGUCAUCCGGGUGCCAGCCUAAGUGCUCUAGUUUCAGAGUUCUUUAAAACUUUUGCCUUUUGGCCUUGGCCUACCCCGGUGGUGCUGCAAGAUGGAAUAUCUCCAGUGCCUGGAGAUGCUUCUGAGAUUCGGUCCUUUAUGCCUAUUCAGUUACCAUGUACUCCAUAUGAAUAUUGUCAUUCUAACAUUACCAAAAGCACAUUCUACAAAAUCAGAGCAGAGUUUCUUCGAGCCCACAAUUUGACUAGGGACCUUCUCAGGCUGGGAUUUGAUUGGAGUGGCAUUUUUGAGCCUUUUCCGUACUCGAAAAAGUAUACACAAUUUGUCAAAAUUUUCCUUUCUGCUCCUGAUCAAGAUAAGCUAGGAGACUGGGUUGGGUGGGUGAAGUCACGUUUCCGCAGUCUUAUUGUCAAGCUGGAGGAGGUAAAGGGUCUUUGUGAUCCCAAUCCCACAGAGUAUGUCGACACGGGUAUAGCAGAGGCAAAUGUUGUAUUCUACUGUGGCUUACAACCAGGCAAGACUAAUUCCUUGGAUAUAGAGUCUGUUGGGAUGGAUUUCCUAAAGAAUAUCAACAACGGCUCUCAGGGUUCCUGUGGAAGGAUGGAAUUGUCUAUUGUGCAGGCUUCUGAACUGCCUAAAGUUGAACAAGUUGAAGGUAGAAGGGGCAAGGGAUGGAAAGCAUCUUGGAGGAUUCCUAGAUAUACUCACCAAGGGACUCCAGUAUACUCUCAGCAUCUGCCACAUUACUUCCUUGGUUACGGGGCAAACCAUGAAGCUCCUGCUGGUUUCAGUGCUACAGGCUAGAUUUAGACCCGAGAAGAUACUUGUCUGCCAGUGUUGGCCUGGAUUUUGCUUCUGGUGUCGGGUACCUUAUUUUUGCUUCCUAGUUCGGCUGUCUCCCUAGACCGGAUCAUGAAGACUUUUUCUGCCACAUGGAAGACUUCGUAAAAGCUAUUGUUGAAGAGGGAAAAGAAAGUUGGAACGUUUUUCUUUUGUUUCUGAGAGGGAGGUGAAGGAGAGGAGAAACUUGGGAUUUGUAAUUAUUCUGUGCAUGACCAAAUGCAUUUUCAAUCACCCAUUCUAGUUUUACAGAAUUCCCUUGCUCCUUUUCAGCACAUUGUAGGAGAAAUCCUAAUAUUAUCUUUCACAUAGUGAGAUGGAUUCGGUA